UUCCUCAUGCUGGCAAGCAACUAUCCUAUGAAAGUUUCCGUUCUUUAAGAAUACAUUGCCUUGCAUCAUUUUUGGUGAUUCACAUUAAUAAAAACAAACUGAACUGAGGCAUUUCACUCCAGACACAGCCCUCACCCACUGUUAUUUCUAGCACCUUACAAAUAAGGACAAUUACGAGGAUGAGGGAGGCUACUUCUGUACAGUAGCUCAGCCAACACUAAUGUUUGAUUCACACUUUCUUUUCACUUCCUGACUACAAGUACCCUAAAACUGUCAGCAGGAGGAAGUCACCAUCUUAAGAGCGUCUGAGCACCAGACACCAUCACUUAUAAAAUCAUCACUAUGAACAGACAGUAACUACAGAAACGUCAACACAUGGCAUGUCCUGACAGCUACAACUGGAGAGCCACAGGUUGGAGAUCACCACUUUACUGUGGACCACGUUUUUUCUGUGAGAGAUCAUAAUGGAGAAUGGAAAUCAAAGCCAAACCCUUACGCCAUACUUCUGGCAGUUUGACGAAUAUGGAAUUGCUGCCCUUGUAUAUUACAGUAUUGUUCUGCCUGUCGGACUGUUUGUUAAUAUCACAGCACUGUGGGUCUUUAGCUGCACGACUAAGAAAAGAACAACUGUAACCGUGUACAUGAUGAACGUGGCACUGCUCGAUUUAAUGUUUCUCUUGUUUGUCCCCUUCCGUAUAGUAUACUAUGCCAAACAACUCUGGCCCUUCGGAGACCUAUUCUGCCGGAUCAUGGGUGCUAUCACCAUUUUUUACCCAAGUGUCACUUUGUGGUUGCUUGCCUUUAUUAGUGCGGAUCGAUACAUGGCUAUUAUGCAGCCCAAACACAUCAAAGAACUUAAGAACAUUUCGAAAGCAAUGACAGCAUGCUUUGGGAUUUGGAUAAUGACUGUUGUAACCACAUCCCCUUUGCUUUUUAUAAACGACGACCCCGAUAAAGAAUUUAAUUUUACCACUUGUUUUAAACUGUUUGACAUUGUCCACUUCACGCAAAACAGAAUCCUGAACUUUGCUCGCCUAAUAUUCUUUUUCCUGAUUCCUCUGCUAAUUAUGAUAGGGUGUUAUAGUAUCAUAAUCUACAGUCUGAUCAGUGGUAGAACAUCUCGACUCAAGCCUAAAGCAAAGAAGAAGUCAAUACGGAUCAUAGUGACUCUGAUCGUGCAGGUUUUGGUGUGCUUUGUGCCAUUUCAUGUGUGCUUUCUACUAAUAAUGAUUCAGGAACCACAAGAAUACUACAUUGCAUGGGGAAAGGUGUCCACCUUCCUGAUGAACAUUAGUACAUGUCUAGAUGUUAUCUUAUAUUACAUUGUCUCCAAGCAGUUCCAGGCUAGAGUCAUUAGCGUUAUCUGGUACAGAAACUAUCUACGCAGUGUGCGAAGGAAAAGUAUGCGGUCAGGCAGUAUUCGCUCCUUAAGCAAUGUCAACAGUGAGAUGAUAUGAUCAGUGGAUUUUUUGUUUUACAUGUAUAUGAAAUAAAUGAGUGUACAUUUUUAUUCCUUUUAACCCAAGGAUAUGAGAAUUUAUUUUUUCACUAUGUAUCACAGGACAAGACAAGAAAACCUUACUGUAAAGCAUUGCAUAUGGUAGUAUUUAAUAUACAUACGUUAUCCUAGCUAACAUCAGCACCAUACAAUAUUAAGCUAUGACAUGCCUGAUGCCACACGAGCAAUAGUAGAACCUAAAUCUAAGGUCAAAACUACAUAAUUGCUCGCUAACACUAGGA